UAAUUCAUUGGUUGUGAAGCACCAAGAUAGUUCACAUAAACCAAAAAGGCACCCCAUCGGAACAAGCUCUGUAAUCGCUUUUACUACUGGGCAGAAGUUACAGCAGGAACCGUUCUGGGCAGCGGGGGAGGGCAAUUAUACGGAACCUCCUACUCGAUGCUGCGUUUUCCACCGGAACACAGCGUGUAACUCCUGGUUUAAGCUGGCCACGGCGGCGGUCGCACAGCAACCGAAGUGAGGACACCCGGAGUGGGAUGUUCCUGGUGAAUUAUAGCAGCAGCGAGGACGAGGAGGAGCAGAAAGAACAACACCCUCCAUCACUACUGCGGCCGGGGGUCCUUGGGGAUGGCGGAGCUGCCGCCAGUGGGCCCGAUAUGAAACCCCAGCGACUGCCCAUACCAGACAGUGUAACGGGAAUGUUCGAGCAGCUGGACGAGCAUGUGGACCACAGCAGUAAACAUGAUGGUCGAAUCCGCAGCUUUCCGCACCAUCGAGGGAAGUGGUCAACCCUUGUGUACUUGGAAUGUUAUGUUUACUUGAAGUUCCAUGCUUAAAUGAGUGGCAGCCAUACUCAGCUUUGAAAACCAGUUGAGAAGAAC